UUUACCCAAAACUGGCAAAUUUUAUCAUCAUUGUCUCUAGUAUCUCCUAGCAAAAUGAAGUUCCUAACUGUCCUCGUGUGUUUUACUUUCUGCUUCUUCAAUGUUAAAUCCGAAGAAGUGAAUUCAAAAAAACUUGAUCAAAUUAAAGAAAUCGCCGCCAAAAUCGCCCCCCAUGACACCCUCGCCAAAUCCCAAAACCUUGACGAUUUAGAAAAAAUCAAAAUUAUUCAAAAUUUAUUAAAUGCAGUGCGAAAUCAACCCGGUUCUUCGGUAGUAAAAAGCCAAAAAUCCGUUGAAGAAACCGUCGAUGUAGCCCCACUUAUGAAGAUGUUGAGCGCCAAAAUCGCGACUUCCGGAGAAGUUGCGGAAACGCCUGUCAAAAAACAAGAUUUUGAAGAUUUGGCGGCGAAAAUGUCACCUCAAACUGUGGUUCGAACUCGAAGGGCGAGUGAAGUUAGCGAUUUGGAGAAGACUUCUCUCAUGAAUAAAAUCGCAUUAAAAGUGGAUUCUGUUGGUCAAGUCUCAAGUGUUCGCGAGAACCAGCAGAAGACGUCUCAACUUCUUCACAGUUUGGGAGAAAAAGUCGCAGCUUCGAAAAAUUAGAACUUUGUAAUUAAUUAACUUAUUUUAAUAAAGUGAGUGAAAUCUA